AUGCAGUCACACCGUCAGCCUCAGACUCAUCGUCAAUCUAAGCGACCUGGCAACUAUAUGACGAUCGUUCAAAAUUCGGGCCCUAUCGAACAAAACUUUCUCAUAGACCCUGCGAUCUCUGUUCCGUCAACACUUCUACCUCCCAGAACUCCCUAUGAAUCAGUGACCUAUGAGGACAAUGUUAAGGUAAUUCAGAGGAACAACCUUAACAUUAUAGCCAAAAGGGGAGAAAUCGACACAAACAUUGAAGUCAUAAAGUCAGACCGGCAGACCAAUUUCCGAGUUGACAUACGCUCUCGCGGCGAUAUCGAGAUUCGUUUACAUUUACCUGGCACCAUCUCUCCGGACGAUCCGACUCGCCCAGGACCGCUAUGUCUCAUGAACGUGUACUCCAGUUCAGGGAACAUCUACCUUUGGAUCCCGCGGAAGCGCUUGGAGGGACCGUUGAAUGUUACCGCUCGUCGCGAUGUGCAGUUCUCUACUGCACUGUUGGUGGUGGAAGAAGCGGAGGGAAUGUUCUAUAGGCAAUCUUGCUGCAUGGUCUGA